AUGUACCCAAGGGAAUGGGUCCCUGACCAGAGAUGGAACCCACGCCCCCUGCAGUGGAAGCCCAAAGUCUUAACUGCUGGACCACCCGGGAAGUCCCCCACAGGAGUGCUGCUGGAUGUACAGAAGUUUUUUCAGAUCAGUGACAGCGACGCUGGUUUGCUUCAGACAGUCUUCGUCGGCUGCCUGCUGCUGUCUGCACCCGUGUUUGGCUACCUGGGCGACCGACACAACCGCAAGGCGACGCUGAGCUUAGGUAUCCUGCUCUGGUCAGGAGCAGGCCUCUCCAGCUCCUUCAUCUCGCCCCGGUACUCCUGGCUCUUCUUCCUGUCCCGGGGCGUGGUGGGCACUGGCACUGCCAGCUACUCCACCAUUGCGCCCACCGUCCUGGGAGACCUCUUCGUGAGGGACCAGCGAACCCGAGUGCUGGCCAUCUUCUACAUCUUUAUCCCUGUUGGAAGUGGUCUGGGCUACGUGCUGGGGUCGGCUGUGACGGAGCUGACCGGGAACUGGCGUUGGGCCCUCCGAAUCAUGCCCUGCCUGGAAGCCGUGGCCUUGACCCUGCUUAUCGUCCUGGUUCCAGACCCGCCCCGGGGAGCUGCUGAGAAGCAGGGGGUGGUGACCGUUGGGGGCCCAAGGAGCACCUGGUGUGAGGACGUCAGAUACCUGGGGAGAAACUGGAGUUUUGUGUGGUCGACCCUUGGAGUGACAGCCAUGGCCUUUGUGACUGGAGCUCUGGGCUUCUGGGCCCCCAAGUUUCUGUUCGAGGCCCGUGUGGUGCACGGGCUGCAGCUUCCCUGCUUUCGGGAGCCGUGCAACAGCCAGGACAGCCUGAUUUUUGGGAUACUGACUGUCGUGACUGGCCUUGUUGGGGUCAUCCUGGGAGCAGAGGCUUCAAGGAGAUACAAGAAAGUCAACCCGAGGGCUGAGCCCCUCAUCUGUGCCGCCAGCUUGCUUGCUGCAGCCUCCUGCCUCUACCUGGCUCUCAUCCUGGCCCCGACCACCCUCCUGGCCUCCUAUGUGUUCCUGGCCCUCGGGGAGCUGCUCCUGUCCUGCAACUGGGCCGUGGUUGCUGACAUCCUGCUGUCCGUGGUGGUACCCAGGUGCCGGGGGACAGCAGAGGCGCUUCAGAUCACAGUGGGCCACAUCCUGGGAGAUGCCGGCAGCCCCUACCUCACUGGACUUAUCUCCAGCGCCCUGCGGGCCGGGCGUCCCGACUCCUACCUGCAGCGCUUCCUCAGCCUUCAACAGAGCUUCCUGUGCUGUGCCUUCGUUAUCGCCCUGGGUGGUGGCUGCUUCCUGCUGACCGCACUGCACCUGGAGAGAGACCAGGCCCAGGCCCGGCAGCCAGGCACAGGGAUCCCCGACAGCCAGGACGUGAACAGCAAGGCCGUGGAGAGCAAACGCCUGCUUCCUAGCACAGGUGCCUCCCCAGAGGACCCCUGAGGCCCCUGCCCUGCAGCGAGGAGGUCCCACCCACCCUGCUCGCACCCUUCUGGGCGGCCUCCACUGUAUCAGUGCCUCUGCCCACCUUUGACUGCGGCUCCGGGACCCUGGCCAAGCUGCACCUGCCACUUCUUCGCUCCCAGCUAGAGAGCUGGCAGCGCCUGUGGCUGGGCUGGGAAUUGAGCUGUCAGCACCCUCGGUGGGAGGCCUGAGCCUGUGCCUGCACCCAGCACGAGGCCACGCCAGCCCGGGGUCCUCAGCCUGGCUGCCAGCGGGCCCGAUUAAA